AUGGACCGCUGGUUCAACGGGAAGCCUGACAAGUCGCGUGGAGGCAUCAGGGAAGUCAAGUAUGAAACAAACAUUGAAGCUACCCUGGCGUCGGCAUCUGAUAUUGCAUGGCAAGCCACCAGCACGAAUGGCUUCCGUGUCGAUCGAGUUGAUGAAAUCAUCGGCCUUAAGUUUGCGCUGCUGAUCCGUGAGAGGCCUGAGACUGGUCGUAGAAAAGGGGGAGCAACUAAAUAG